AUAUUCGUACACAUACUUUGCGUGAUAUACAUAAUUACAUUUGAUUUUAUUCGUGCAUCUAAAUCAUUUUAUAAAAUUAUAAAAAUAUUGUACAUAAGGAAUGUAAUGCACGAAAUAAUAUUCGUACUGAACAUAUUAUUUAUAAGAAAGUUUUAUAAUUUAUAAGAAAUAGUUAAAAGUUAACCUUGUUAUUCAAGGUGUUCAAACAGUUUAGAUGUUAUAAAAAAGAAGAAACUUAUUAACGAAUUCGAGGGAAUUACUCAGCCUAAUAAACCGCAAACACUAGAUGAAAUAUUUCUAAAAGAAAGAACUCCACUUUCGCUAGAGGAAAUUGUAGAUAGUUUAAAAACUAUAAAAAACGUAUUCAGCUAAAAUCAAAAUUAACAGAAGAUCUAAUAUCUGUAGCAAGUAUAAGAGAACUAUUCAAUUUGCAUAUAUACUCAUGUUGGAUUUAAAAAUUUAUCAAGGUCGCAUGAUAGUUUGCAUUCAAAGUACAUAGGAUGGAAAAUAGAUUAUGUUUAAAGAGGACAGAUGAAAAGGAUGGUUCUGAAAGCAUACCUAAAGAAUUAUCAAAAUGUAAUAUAAAGCAUGCUUUGGAUAAAGUUAAAAUGGACGAAGAAUUACAAACUAAUAAAAUUUCUUCCAAUACAUUGUUAGUAACCGAAGAUAACAGUAUACUAGAAUUUAAAAGUCCGAACGCGAAAAUUAUUAAACCAACGUUUAGCGAUUGUACUACAUCCAAUAUCUUGAAACAUAAAAGUAAAACAGCUACAAAAUUUAAGAACUGUAUCAAGAAUCAUAAAGAUAUGAAGUAUAAACAAGAUUCAGAGAAAAGAAAACACUCGCGGGAUUCUCAACUUUCUAUAGAAUCCUCUUUUUUUAAAUCUAAAGAUAAUUGCGAUAGUAACGAUAUGACUACCGAUACAAAAGUGGCUCUCGUCUGUCCCUUAUGUUUUAAAAUAUUUAAAGAUUUAGACUCUCGAAUAUUGCACAUGAAAUUUUGUGCCAGUAAAAAUAACAUUUCUACAAAAAAGUUGUUAGAUGCUAUAGAACUUCAGAAGCGUCAAGAAGACGAAAGGAAAUCCUUAGGUUUACUCGCUGCACCUAUAAUACCAGACAAGAAGAAACCUGUACCAUCUAGAAUAAAUUUGAAUAAAGACUCUGACCUUGAACUUGCUUUAGCAUUAUCAAAAUCUCUUUACGAUGCCAAAGAAUUAGAUGAAAUUAGUGAAAUCGAAAGAUUAUCUGAAGUACCAAAUCAAUCUGUAUUAGAAGCAUUAGAAUCAAAAAGAUCAUUGGAAAAGUUUGGAUUUGCAAACAGCAAACCUAUAUCACUAAUAAAAAGUAAAAGAAAAAAAUACAAUGAAGUAACUAUUCUUCAAACACGUUCUCAAGAAGAAAGAAAUCGAAUCUUAACAGAAAGAAUUGCAGAAAUUCUUAUGGGAGAUGAGCCGGUUACUCAAAUACAAAGAGAAAAAAAUGAUUACAGUCAAGAAAUUAAAAUGAAAACUAUUCUAAAGAGUCGUUUACUUCAAGAACUUUAUUGUAAGGAGGACAAAAUAUGGGACAAAGCAAGAUUAACACAGAGUCGGAAAUGUUUUUAUGUGACAAAUCUCUCUGAAUAUAUAUUUCCACAAGAAAAACUAAUAGAAGUAGAAGAAGAGAAUGCCAUAAAAUUUACAAAUGUAUGUAAAGUAGACGAUGUAGAAUUGAAUCAGAAUAAAAUAAAAAAGAACAAAGAGGAGAACAAAUUGUUUGGAAUAUCGCAAACAGAUUUAUGUCUUACAAGUAAAAAACAUAAAAACUGCAAGGAUAAACAGUAUAUUGAUACUUUAGUAAUAAACUGGGGAGAUGCACUAAACGAUAGCUCUGCAAGUGAUAUAAUAAUAUUUGUUAAUAAUGACAAAUAUAUUUGGGCACAUAAAUUAGUCUUUUAUGUGCGUUGUUCGAAUAUAUUAAUCGAUGUUAUACCCAAUGAUACUUCACAAUUUAUUGGGAUCAAGGAAAGAAUUUGUUGGCUUGAUGUUUCUUACAAUAUUGCUUUAGCGUUUUUGGAAUUUAUUUAUUGUGGAAUAAUUAAGAAGUACUUGAGUAUUUUUGAAGAUUCGACAAGCUUCUCUUCUUUAAGAAAUUUGGCAAGAAAAUACAAAGUGGAAGAAUUGUUUGCUUAUUUACAAAUGAAGGAAACUGAAAUUGAAGAACCAGAGAUUCAAAUACAUGAUACAAAAGAUAUUGAAUGUGGAAAAAUAGAUGAAAAAUCAUCACCUGAUUCAAAUAUACUAACAUCAAUAGCAAAAAAUCUUCAUUCGCAAGAAAUAGAAAUAAAUGCAUAUAUAGAUCGAUCAUCUGAAAGAGGAGUUGACUGUCAAAGUAAGAUAAAUAUUAUCCCGCUUUGUAAUGCAUCUCCAGAUAUGUUUGACGAUACGAAUGACACAAUACUGAAUUACAAAGAGAGAUGUACUCGUCGAACUUCAGGUUUUGAAGAAACAAAAAAUGAUAACAAUCUUAGCAUUCUUAACUCUAUCGAUGAUUCUAAGAUUACGAAAUCUAUUACAUACAAAAAUGUUGAAGAAUGUAUACAUUCAUUGUCAGACACGCCGCAUUGUAAUAGAUCGGAACAAAGAAAUAUAAAGAAUUUCAAUACAAUGAAACCAAAAAGUAAUUUGAGCUUAUUUAUUGAACAAUUUCAAAAAGAGAAUGCAAAAUCAGACUUUGAUACAGAUUCUGAAAUUACAUUGAUAUCAGUUUCUCCUAAACUAAAUAGAAAUCCAUUUAAUAUGAAACAAUAUGAUGAUUCUAGUCGAAAUUCUUCAUUAAAUAGGAAUGCUGUUGUAACAGAAAUAUUCAAAGAAAAACAAGACGUCUUAAGCAAGUUUGAUUCUAUUACUAAUACAACUUCUACAUUGAAUACAGAAGAUACAUUUGAAGAAAGCGAUACCAAUAUGCACUUGAGUUUUGAGUCGAUAAACAAUUUAACGCGAUCAUUGGAAUAUAAUAUAGGAAACUGUACAAAAAUGUAUAGAGAAAAAUGUAUAGACAAUACAGAAAACGAAAUUCAAAAUAAAGUAACAUUUACUACAUCUGAAAAUUUACUAAUACGAAAUGCGAAUGUUGAAAAUGUAAACAGCAUUAUAACCGCAGAGGCAUGCUCUCCAUCGGAAUCUAGCGAAAGUCAGGAUAGUAUUCCUUCUGACCGAUAUCCAGAGGAAGGUGAUAUAUCUAUGUAUUCGAGUUAUAAAAAAAAACAUCAGAAUAAUAGCAUAGUAAACUAUCGGGAUUUUGUAACAAAGUAUAUACUAAACAAUUCUGUAAAAAAUAGUUUAGAGGAAUGCGAAUAUACAAGAAAAAGUAAUACAGAUAGUAAUGACAUUACUGUGCUGUCAGAUAUAGAUGUAGACACUAAUUUUUCAACAACUCCAGAAAUAGAAUGUAUUAAUCAAACAGAAGAGGAACAAUUAGUUUUUAAUAUCGAGAAGUCUACGCAAAUACCUGAAAAGAAUGUACAGAACGAUAGCGAUAAGAAAUACUUUCCUGUUUGCGUUACAUCUCCGACAAGUCGGGAAAGUAUUUCGAAUGUUCGAACUAAUAAUUCAAGUGAGUUAAGAUGUAGCAUAAUAAAUAAUAAAUUGUCUACAAUUGAUACAACAGAAAAUGGCAAUAGAAAAUUCAAAAAAAAAUCUAUGUCAGAGAGCAAUUUGAAUAUUAAUGUAAAAGAUAUUAAGAAUAAUCCUUGCAGUAAACGAAAUCGGUCGCAAUGCAAAUGUGGUCGUAAAAGAAUGUUGAGAACAGUUAUGUCACCUACAAUUAUCGGAGACAAUGUAACUCCUCUUCCUAAUUAUAAUGAUAUGAAGACACCCGAACUUCAUGCAGAAUUGUGUAAAUAUGGAUUGAAAAUACAAAAGCGGGAUAGAGCUAUAAAAUUAUUGACACACAUUUACAAUGAAUUACAUCCUAUAAUUUGUACGAUACCAACAGAAAUUGAAACUGAAUUUGCAAUAAUAAGUAGCGAUGACGAGGAACCACCAAAAAAAAAAACGAAUUAUAAUAAAACUAAUGACAAUUAUAUGGAUGACUAUAAAUAUGAAUUACAACAUUCUCAAGAGAGCAUCGUAUCUACACAAUUACAAUUCGAAAAUCUUGAACCCACGAUCACAACUGAUAAUACACAAAACAUUAAAGAUGUGUUCUCUGCAUUAAUUAAAGUUAAAAGAGAACUACACAACAAUAUCUUAACUUACGAACCGUUAUGUAUCGAAGCCUUAUACUCUAUAUUAAAGGAAGAAGGCUUCAAUUGCAACAUAAAUACUCUCGUGAACUUUUUAGACGAGCAGGUAAUAUUUUUAUUUUUAAAUAAAAUAUAUCAUAUAACCAAAAUAUUUUUUCAGUGUAUUACAUUUUAUUUAAGAGAAACAAGAUUAAAUAAAAAUAAAAAUAAAAAUAAACAGAAUUUACAUAAAAAGAAAAAUAUAUAAAAUAUACAAAUAUCGGAAGAGUAACGCAAGUUCGCAUGCAUGUUCAUUAACAUUUUCAGUGGAGAUGAUGACUAUAAUAAUUAUUAAAAGAUCAUUUAUAUUGGUAAACUACAAUCGUUACGGAUGUAUGUUGUAUAUUUUUGUACAUUUAAAUAAAAUAAGAAAUGAUAGUAUUUGUUUAAUUAAAUUUUCUAGCUUAGUUAAUUUAUAUACUUCGCUACAUUAAUACUUUGCGUCCUGUAAUUAUUUUCAAAAUAAUGCAAAAUGUAAUGGAAACAAAUCAGAAAGUAUGAUGUUUAAAUAUUUUAUGUAAUAAAAUGCAAGUUAAUCUUUAAAUGUAUAUUCUAGUAUGUUUCGCUGAGAAAAAUGUAUUCUUAUAUGAUUGUUAUUAACAUGUUUCUGCUGUAAAUUCACAUUUUAAAUAGUUAAUAAUUCAUAUUUAA